CACUACAGACACUUCCCCACUCCCACCAUGGACGACAACUACUACGACAUCUCCAUCUCCUCCAAAAAGCCCUACAGCGCCUCGUCCAUCAUCCCCGCCAUCAAGAAGAAGUUUGGCCCCAAAAGGAUAGGCUCGUUGAACUCGUUGUCGACGCUCAGCGAAGCGUCUGUCCCUAUGGCCCACUCCUCGAUUAAGCGUCCAGGCGACUACUUCGUGCAAAAACUCUCCAAGGAGACCAGAACUGGCGACUCCAGACACGUCGACAUCCACAGACCCAUUUCUGGCGAUUCCAUCGUGUCGCUACACUCCAACUUCUCUGACGAAGCAUCCCUGGUGGCAUCGUCCCAGUUCGACACCCCCAAGGAGCUGGGAAACCCCAUGCUUGAGUCCAGACUCAGUUCCAUGACCAGCAACUCCAUCAUCAAUGCCUCUCCUCUCGACUCUCCUUCGUUCCAGUACUACAAGGGUGCUGGCGAUGCCCACAGCUUCGAGGCGGGCGACGACGACGACGACGACCUCUUCAACUACCACUACGCCAACGACGAAAACACCCACCACAACACCUCGCUUUCCACCAUCACCUCCAAGAACAGCUCGCUGGUGUUGGCCAAGGGCCCGGCAUACCUCCCCAAGGCAUCCAAAACCUCGCCACAUCUUCCCAGAUCCGCCUCCCAGUCUUCUGGCCACUCUACGUCCAGUUUGACCCAUUCGUCUCCGCCAAAAAAGCUAGCUGGACGUUCCGCUCCGGGCCUCUCACGGUCCAAAACCAAGUUCUUGAGCUCCAAAGAAACUAAGGAAAGACAACAGCUACGCAAGAAAAAAUACGAAGAAAACGACGACGACGACGAGAUCUUGGUCAACGACUUGGACAACCUCGUGUUCAACGUGCCUGUGAUCAAGAACCACUCGGAGUUGUAUCUGUUGAACCUGAAGAGCCAGAGCUCCAUCCAUACUCCCACCACCAUCAAAUCAGCAUCCUCGUCAUCUGUCGACUUAUUCACCCGCAGCGACCUCAUGGUCGACAACGACAAUAAGUACAACAUCAACUCUAAGGCCCACGCGAAGCCUAGAGCACUGUCGUCGCCCAAGAGCUCAACUAAUGGCAAAUUAAUGGUCCAAACCGACUUGAAAAAUACCAGAUUCAGUGCUACUGAAGACAGCAUCGUUGAAGAAGACGAAGACUCGUUUCCUGGUCAUAGCUCGAUAGACGACAGCGAGCUCACCAGGAAUAUUUCUUCAUUUUAUGAUCAAAGAUCAGCCUCAUUUGCAAAGUUAGUAAAGUCCUCGAGAGAACAGACCAUGAUGCAUAAACUUCCUAACUUUGUCAAGCACCAAUCAUCAAUGGAUGACUUGCAUCUUAUUUCCCAGGAAAAGCUCAAUGUAAUUGAUCAAACAAGACCAGUUCAUUUGCCCCCUAAGCCAGACGGUGACAAAACCAAACAUAAUAGAGAGUUCCAGAAGGUUUUAAGUAACUUCGAACUCAACAACAAGAGCCUAAACGACGCUAGAAGAAAAUCAAACCAGAUAUUAGCGCAGAACCAACAACAAUGGAUCAAAAUGGUAAUUGCCUUGAUUGAAGAGCCUAACGCUAAACUGUUCAACAAGAAAUUCAGCUAUGACAAGAACACCAUUAGAAAGUUGGCGUGGGAGUCUAAUGUACCAACAUCCUUGCGUUACCAAUUCUUCUUGAAAAUACUAUCAAGUAAUAAUGGCAGUCAGGACUCGGUCAAUACUAUCAAUAAUUCAUUCAAUUUGUUUGACAAAAAGUACCAAGAAUUGUCUGCAUCAAUCAAGAAUAAUAAAGACUUGGAAUUCAACAAAAUCAUAGAAAGGGUUUUGCAAAGGCCGUUGUUCGAGUGCAUUUUAAAAGAAAUUGAAGUCACAGUACCAAAUUUCAGCCUCGUCAAAUUUAAAGAGAGCUUCAGAUACCUUCUUUAUAUUAAAUCGUUGUCUGAGUACGGUUUGCUCAAGCAUGAUGAGAUGUUCUUAAUACCCUUAUUGUUGGUAUUAUUCCAGACCACUCAAUCGAUACAAGAAAUAUAUUGCAUGGUGGAAUUGAUCAACAAAGAGGUAUUCAACAGAGAAUUACUCUCAGACUUCAAUUCCGCAUUGGACACAUGGACCAAUCCAAAGCAAGCCUCUUAUCAGUCCUCGUACCUUUCCAAAUAUCUUGGAGGGUUCCAAGCCAGCUUGGGAGAGUUUGAAAACCUCAAAUCCAAUUCCUUUUUUGACAUCUUAUCUCAGAUUAAUGAUAGGUUACCAUUGAGUUUGUCUGCGCCAUCCACACCUAUUCUUGCACAGCAGAGUUUUGGAAUCCCCGUGCUGUGGAAUAGCCCAAAUUCCAGUGUGAGCCACUCCACAGAAUUCUCCAACAGCCCAGAGAACUUGACUCCAAGGACCAGUACUAGCACUGGUGAUGAACAACACACCGAAGUCAAUUCUUCCGCUUUACAACUCAUGAUCAAGCUUUUGCAAAUGCUUAUUAUAUAUUCCAAUUCAGUGAAAACAAGAAACAAGAACGGGAAAAAAGUGUUGCAGACGUUUUUAAUGGUUAUUUUCCAGUACUAUCAUAUCAACUGGAACAAUUUCCAGGAAUUAGUCAAACACAAUAGGUCUAUUAAACUCAAUCACUCUACCGAUCAGGUCACCAAUUUGAAUUGUUUCGUUGAUAAGUGGACUGAAGCAUUCAAGAAAUUUUAA